CAAGAACUGUCCAACCAAACGUCAUCCAAGCCAAGACUGACUGAUCAGAGUCUUGAGCAUAGGGGUCAGAACGGUCAGAGCGGCUUUGUUGGACGAUGACUUGAUCACAGACGACUAGAACACUUCACGAUGGGCACCUUUAUCGCUCAAUUCUCUGCUUUGUGUCGGAAGAACUGGAUCAUUCUGUGGAGACACAAGUGGAUCAACUUGAUACGAUGCCUCAUUCUACCCGUUGCGUAUGCCAUAUUCUUUGCAAAGGCCCAGGAUUUCUUCACGACCCGAGCAGUUCUCGGCCCCGGCCAUAUUUCGAAUCUCCAGCCUAUCCCAUCCUCAUUCCUGAACCACAAAUUCGUCUGGGUCCCACCGUCCGAUUCCGCAACCAAUGAGACAGUGUCAACCUUCAUCGAUCAGCUCAUGAACAAGGUGCUAGGUGGUCACACAGGGGAUAUAGUCAAGCUUGAUAAUGCUUCGAAUCUUGCGAGAGAGUGCCCGGAAAACUUCAACCUCCUCAGCGAGUGCUUUGGAGCGUUAGUCUUUGACAAUGUGGACCCAGAUUCGAGGACAUUGAACUAUACUCUCCGAGGCGAUUUUGGUCUCGUCAUGACAAAUGUCGAUCAAACGUCGAAAGAUGAUGUUCAGGUCAGGUAUCUCCCACUUCAAUGGGCGAUCGACAGUAAUUUUAUCGAAAUGACCACUGGUACCAAACCCCCUUCACCAUUAACAUGGGAAUACACGAACCGUUCUGCGGGAGAGCAAUCUGAACGUAAUCGAUUGUCCUAUCUGCGAGGUAUCCGAUCGUUGAUCGUUCUCGCCUUUUUCCUCGUCUUCUUGGGCGUGGUCUAUCAGCUCCCUGGAGGUAUGGCAGAGGAGAGAGCUUCAUCGCUCACAUCUCAUCUCGACGCCAUGGGCUGUAAGAAAUCCGCCAGGGUCAUCUCAUGGCAUCUCAGCAUAAGUUCAGUCUACGUCGUAGCUUGGUUAGCAGUAGGGGCCAUCUUCCAGCACUUCAUCUUCAAGCGAACCAACACGGGAUUAUUCAUCAUCUUGUACCUACUCACUGGUCUAAGUUUGGCCAGUUGGACAUUCAUUGUCGCUGUACCAUUUGCCAAUGCCCCCACACUGGCAGCCAUCACUGCCACAUUUGUCGCCAUCAUCCUGGCUAUAGGGGCAUUGCUCACUCCCAGCUCUGCGGGCAUUCAAUUGAUCUUCACAUUGAUUUUCCCACCGAUGUUUUACACGUUCUUCACGAAGAAUCUUGCUUCUUUUGAAUCGCACUCCAUCGUCCCAAACAUCCUUCGUCGGAGUCCUCAAGGCGAUGCACCGGUCUUGGGUCUGCUCAUCAUUGCCAUAAUUGACAUCGUCCUCUAUCCUCUCCUCGCGACAUGGCUCGAGACGAAAGUGUACGGCGUUCCUGCUCCAGACUAUGUCUCAUGGUGGCGUCGUCGACGAUCAGACCACCAGACGGACAGCACUGCGCUACCAGAGGACGUCGCCAUCGCCGUGGUGAACCUGAGGAAAGCAUACUCUACCAAGCGAUUCGGCGUGUUUGGCCGUGGUAAACCUUUCGUCGCCAUCGAAGACCUGUCUUUCAACGUUCCAAAAGGAGAGAUAUUCACGCUUUUGGGACGGAAUGGCGCGGCCAAGUCGACAACCUUGUCCGCCAUCGCCCGACUCACGACUACGUCUGGAGGGAACAUUCGUUAUGGUCCAGAUUUGCACCUCGGCAUCGCCUCGCAGAAAGACGUCUUGUGGGAUGAGCUGACCUGCAAACAGCAUGUUCAGCUCUGGCGAGCGAUCAAGUCGAGUGCACAACAUCGACAGGACGAAUCUAAUCUCGACCUCUUGGCUCGCUGUGAUCUCGCUCCGAAAGUAUCGUUUCUAGCAAAGAACCUAUCUGGUGGUCAAAAGCGUAAACUGCAAUUGGCUUGCGCUCUUGCUGGAGGCUCCAAUCUCUUGCUCUUGGACGAGAUCAGCUCCGGGUUAGAUCCUUUGAGUCGUAGAGCUAUCUGGAAACUGAUCACUGCGAAUCGAGGUCGAACAACCAUUAUCCUCACCACGCAUUUCCUGGAUGAAGCGGACUACCUGGCGGAUACAGUUGCCAUCCUCCACGCGCCAGGUCGACUACUUGCGAUCGAUAAUCCCGUGACGUUGAAGCAUCGAUUCGGGAAAGGCUACACCAUCAGCUUUAGUGGCCCGAGCUCGGAGAAUCGGACUGUCGCUGAACGUAUCUGUCGACAUCUGUCUGGAUCUCGUUUGCAGGAGACAAAAGGUGGCUUAUCCGUAUCGGCACGAACCACAGACUUGCAGAUGAUUCAGGACGCUUUCAAGCAAGCUCGACAGGACAGUCAUACCACAGGGGAAGCGAGGUUCCAGUUGAACGGUGCGAGUUUGGAAGAGGUAUUCCUCGAUCUCAAUCGGAAUUCCGGAGAUGGAUCUAGCGAGACCUCGGAGGAGGACCUGGAUAUCACGGCCGUGCUCGCCCCUAGUCACGACAAGAUGGAUACUAUCGAGGGGGAGAAAGGCAUCGCGCUCGCCGGACAGGAUGUGGACGGUCAGCAUCCGAUGAUGUUGACACUGGGCCACAAGCCCUCCUAUAUCCUUGCCAUCCCUAUGGACGCAUGGACCAUCUUCCGCAAGAGACUUGUCAUCUUUCGUCGAGCAUGGCUGUUGCCCAUCGUCGCCAUCAUCAUCGCGAUCACGGCGACUUGUAUCCCACUGUUCUUCAUCAAGAACAGGAAUCAAACUUGCGCGCUCGUCUUGGACGAAGCGACUCCGCAGACAUUGACAUAUCCUCGGAGCUACUUUCCCAUCAUUGAAACACCGCCAAUGUUGUCCCCAGCAAGUACGUUUGGUCCCUUUGAUCAAUUCUUCUUCUCUGUCCGCCAACCUCAACUCUUACCGGAUAAUCAAACAUUCGUCGACGAGCUCAAAGCCAACAUUACCAAUAAUACCUUUGGAGGUCUCUCCUUAUCCAGUGAUCCAAAAACCGAACAAUCCUUAUUCGCCUGGGAGGGUUCUCCACUGGAGAACAAAGGCCCCUCGUUGCUCAAUUUCUUGAACAAUGUCCUGCUUGACAGCAUCUCGCCUCCUUCUGGCGUGCUCCAAGCUUUCCGCAUCAACCUCAACUUUCAGUAUUUUGCCAGUCCAGAUUUCUCCAGUACAGCGCAGGCGAUGAAAUGGAUAGGAUUCGCUGGUCUCGGUCUGGCAGUUUGGCCCGCGUUUGCAGUCAUUUACCCGACGGUAGAACGGGCCUCGAAUGUGCGAUCCAAUCAAUACAGUAAUGGCGCUGCUCCUGUCUCCUUAUGGCUAGGACAUCUUCUUUUCGAACUGCCUGGCAUUUUGUUCGUCUCGUCAGUCAUCACCAUUGUAUAUUUCGUGGCGAGCUCGCAAUUUAGCGGUCCUGGUGAUCUUUGGAUAUGUCUCGUCUUGUACGGUAUCGCCUCGACGUUGUACGCGUAUCUGUUCGCUUUGUUCCUCGACUCUGCACUAGCUGCUUGGGCCCUGGUCGCCGGCACCAAUGUCAUCUUGUUUUUGUUGUAUUUAGCCGCUUAUCUCCUCAUCCUCACGUACGAUCGAUCUUCCGCCGCAGUGGAUCAUAUUACCAUCUCACACUUUACUAUCGGUCUCGUCAACCCUGUCCCCAAUGUCAUACGUGCCGUCUUGGUAUCCGUGAAUCUCUUUGGACUCCUGUGUGAUGGUCUGGGCCACCGCAAAUCCGCACCGUAUUCUAACAUUUUACAAUUUGGUGGUCCGAUCGUCUAUCUUGUCGCUCAAGCUCUAUUCGCUUUCGGCGUCUUGGUCUACGUCGACUCUGGCUCACCCAUCCCUGCUUUCCUCCGACGGCGACGGCUCAAGCAUGCAAGCACAGCCUCCGAGGAGGAGACUUCAACCGAUGUCAUUGACGAAAAGGCUCGCAUUGAUUCAGGACCCACCGACGACCUCAUUGUCCAGAGUUUGAGUAAACGAUACAGCGGAUCCAAAGCCCUUGCAGUCAACGACGUCACAUUUGGGGUGGCUGCUGGAGAAAGCUUCGCUCUCAUCGGUCCGAACGGUGCAGGAAAGUCUACGACAUUGGCCUGCAUCAGAGGUGUCGAGGUACCCACGGCUGGGGAUGUCCGCGUGGCAGGAUCGUCCAUCAAGAAGAGGCGAAACGUCGCUCGGUCAUACCUUGGCGUCUGUCCUCAAGUGAACGCGAUCGAUGUCAACCUCACCGUACGACAGCAUCUAUGGGUUUAUGGUCGACUCAAAGGCGUCCCUUCAUCGCUUUUGUCCAAGGAUAUUGACGUCCUACUCGCUCACGCGGGACUAUCGGCAAAGGCGAACGAGCUGGCGACGAGUCUUAGUGGUGGGAACCAACGCAAAUUGAGUCUGGCGAUUGCGUUGAUUGGUGAUCGACCUGUCGUCCUCAUCGACGAGUUCUCCAGUGGUGUAGAUCCAUUUAGCAAGCGAGAGGCAUGGCAGACUCUCGCCAGCUUGACAAAAGAUCGAGCGGUCGUCAUGACGACGCACAGUAUGGAAGAGGUCGAUGCUCUGGCAUCAAGAGUAGGUAUCAUCGCGAGCAAGAUGCUAGCCGUGGGCACACCUGCAAGUCUCAAGAGCCGGUUUGCGACGUACGAAAUACACUUGACCUCGUCAGACCACUUGCAGGAUCUCGUCAGUCGUCUACAGUCUGAAGGAUUCGAAAAUACACAUCAAAGUCGGGACACAGCGACGAGGGUGUCUGUUCCCGGAGUGACUGAUAAAGACCUCGGAGGAUUAUUGGACGCCUUGGUCGUUGCCAAGCAAGACCUCGGUUUGGAAGAAAUGACCAUACACGAGGCAUCGACCGAGACGGCGUUCCUGGAGAUUGUAAGGAAGCACAAUGUACAGGAAGAGGAGGGCAAGGUGGCAUCCAAAAAGUCGAGACUUCGGUGUUGGCCAUAGUUUUAUGUACAAAAAACAUGUCAACGCCUGAUCGUACAGUAAAACGCUUGAACGCAUG